AGUCUACCCCUUCAAAGGACUUUGAUCCAAAUCUAGAAAGAAAAAAAAAAAAGAACUCAUUGAACACAAAAGAAACUUGAACACUUUGCUUUGCCUUUACUUCACAAUUUUUCAUUCUCUUUUCCUUGCAACAACCAAAAACCAAUCUCUUUACUAAACUCAGUCCACUAUACAUUUUUACCUUCUUCUUCUUGUUUUUCCUGUUGGAUUUGUUCUUUGGCAUAUCAAAAAAUCUUAACCUCAUUGAUUUUGUCCCAAAAAAAAAAAACAAUAUGACUGACAGAGUUUAUCCUAAUGGCACCGCCACUGCUGCUGCAAAUCCAAAUGCAGCCCCCGUCAAGAACCAGAUGUACAAUCCUAAUCGUGUCCCUUAUCGACCGACACCAACCGCCUAUCACCGACACAACCACAGUCGCCGCCGUUCCUGCAGUGGUCGUCGUUGUUUCUGUAUGUGUUGCUUUUGGUCUAUUCUAAUUAUCUGCAUCGUUGUCCUACUUGCCGCCAUUGCCGGUGCCAUUUUCUACGUCCUUUACCAUCCUCAGCGUCCCACAUUCUCAAUAUCUUCACUCAAGAUCUCUAAUUUCAACCUCACUACCAACUCCGCCGACGACGCUACCCACCUCACCGCAAGUUUAAGUCUCACGAUCUCAACCAAAAACCCAAACAAGAAGUUGAUCUACAAAUAUGACACUAUCUCUAUAACUGCACUGUCGUCUAAUCAAGUUGUUUUAGCAAAUGGAUCGUUUCGGGGUUUCACUAAUAGUCCUGGUAACAUUACAAUUAUACACUCACCUCUAUCGAUGGUGUCACAAGUUCUUGAUGCUGAUUCAGUUACAUCAUUGAAGUCAGAUCUGAAGAGGAAAGCUGGUAUGCCAAUCACAAUCUUGAUGGAUACAAUGGUUGUAGUAAAAAUGGACACAUUGAAAAGCAAGAGAGUAGGGAUCAGAGUAACGUGUGAAGGAAUUCAUGGUCAAACUCCAAAGGGUAAAGCUCCAGCUGUGGCAUCAACAAAUAAUGCUAGGUGUAAGGUUGAUCUGAGAAUCAAGAUCUUGAAAUGGACCUUUUAAUUUCAGCUCAAUUUGUUUAUUGUCUUUUUUGUUUUUUUUUUGGGUUUAAGUUUAAUCAUAAUUAAUUUCAAAUCAAGAGACAUGUUAAAAAUAUUUUUCAGACA